UGCAACCUUAGACACGCCGAUGCCCUGACUGACCUCCGUGCGCAUGCGCAGAGCUCACUCUCACCUGUCGCACUUUAGCACACAUUCAUCCAGCAUCAAUGGGAAAGCGCACUAUAUUCCUUUUAAGUAACUCGCUUCACUGCGUGUCAAAUGCCAAAGGGAUCUGUCAGAAACAACGGACAUGUCCGAAAGUUCCUCUGGAGUGAACACCAGCAGUGAAAGUUUUCCCAAGUCUCACUCGCACUACUCUGAGUUAAGCGACACACACACUCCUUUCUCUGUGGAACUGACUCCAGACUCUGGCAUUGUUGCCACUCCAUUGCCAUCCAGUCGGUUCAGGUUUGCCUCGUGGUACUGGCUAGAGGAGCAUGAUGUGCGUGGAGACCAGCUCGCCUGCCCCAGGGUCAGAGAGGGGCCUGAUGAAGACGAGCUAUCCGUUAACAGUGAAGACAUAUUUCUCAGAGGAGGCAGGAGGAAGAGGAGGGAGGAUGAAGGACAGAAAUGGGAGGAGAGACUCCAGGAGAACUGGGAGAACUGUGUGGUGCUGAACUUGUCUUAUCAGGACUUAGGAGAUCCGUACCAGCUGGAGAACUUCAUCCACAUCCUGAGGAGACUGAUCCGGGUGGAGCGUCUGCAGCUGGUGGAUAACGCACUGAGAGAUCUCAGUUCUGUCAGACUGCCAAGAUGUAAAAUCCUGAAUCUUCACCGGAACAACUUGACAUCCAUUCGUCAGCUGCCAAAGGUUCCUGAGAUCCAUCACUUGUGCCUGUCUGAAAACAGUAUUUCGUCUCUGGGCGAACUGUCCCUGCUGAGGAGCACGCCGCUCCGAUCUCUGACCCUCAAACGCAACCCCUGCCAGUUUCUGGAGGACUACCGCUCCCGUGUGUUCUCUUGUUUGCCAAAACUCCAAGUUCUGGAUGGCAUUCCAAAGCUACUGGAAGAUUCCGUGCCUCCCUCUUCACCGGCAGCGUCCAGAUUUUGUACCAUUCUCUGAUGUUGAAACAGCUGAACCUGAAGCCAAGAUCUAGUGUACUGUACUGUCAGAGUGAACCGAAAGCUCCAUAAAUGCACUUGUAUAAUAGUUGUGUAUAUACUCAUUUGAGCUGUUAAAAAUAUAUUUAUAUGACUUAUUAAAGCUAUUUUUGUACCUUUACUUCGCAUUUCAUGUACUCAAAUAAACCUGCAUUG